GGGUGUGGGACUACAAAAAUCAAUAUGCUAGCAAAAGAGGGGGAUGACAUAAAAAGCACUAUAAACUCAUUAGUCAUAACCAGAGUACCACUUCAUGCAAUCUUUAAACUGUGCUUCAUUAGUCAGUCAUAUUAUAUAAUUAUAAAACAAAAGAUUUAGAAUAAGGAUCUGACUACUUUGACCAUGAUAAAUUUAUCCCAUAAAAAUUAAUUUUGGGAUCUAGGUUUUGGGCCCCACACCCCACACAACCUUAGAUCAGAAAUUCAGAGCAUAAAAUGGGAUCCAAAGUAUCCAACCAACUUAUUUAUUUAUUUAUUUUAAAAAAAAAAAAAAUCAGCACAAAAUUUCACUAUAUUCCAAAUCCAUGCAUGUUGCAUCAUACCCAAUAAAAAACAACAAGGGUAAAAAUGUAAUUUCACAUGCUAUUUACUCGAAAAACCUCUGCUUUCGCGGCCUUUCUGUUUUAGAGGGUUUUCUCUGACAAUAUUCCUUUGCACACUUCAUUUUAGAGAGAGAAAGUGUAAUGAGGAGAGAGAAAGACAUUGGCAUUCAUUAUUAUUUAAUUGUUGUUACUUGUUAGUCCUAGGGUUCCUCAAUAAAUGUCAAAAUAAAAUCUACACUUUCUUCUAAAAUUCAAAGUUUUUAAGUUCCUAAAACUUCAAACUAAUUCAUAAAUUUAACUAAUUAUUCAAUUUUUAACAGAAAAAAAAAAAAAAAAACAACAAGAAAGAAACAUAUUUAGUGGAGUACCAAAAAGAAAAAAAGUUUUUUUUUUUUUUCUUGUACUUGUGCUGCUACUAUUACAUUUCACGAGAAAAUUGAGAAAUAAAUAUAAAAAGUGAAAAUAAAAUAAUACAAGUAAAAAAAAAUUAAAUAAUAUAAAAAUGGGAGAUGGGUUUUUAAUGCUUGUAUCUAAUUUACUCACCAAGCUCUCAUUUACUCACUCACUCACACAUUUGGGAAUGUGGCUUGAUUCAGUGAUACAUCUUUGCUGUUUUAGUCUGCCAAGCAAGUGAGUUCUGACUGUGAGUAGUGAUAGAGUAGAGUUUAUCUGCAAUUGGUAGUUAAUUAGUAUAUUGGUGCUUGUUACUGCAAGAAACCUGGCUUUGUGCAUUGUGAUUUUUGACUAAUUAAUUGGGAGAAUCUAGUUAAGGGUUUUGAGGAAAGUUGGAUUGGAUUAUUGUUGUAUCUUUCUACAUUGAGAUUUUUCACCUUUUGGUUGGGAGAAUCUAGUUUGUGACUUUGUGGUAUCCGUUUUGAGGAAAGUAAUUGGAUUGUUGUUGUAUCUUUGGUGAUGGAUUUUUUUAAAGUAAGGAAGUUUAGGAAAGCUCGUAAACCAAAUCCGCAUGAGGAGUUAGAGGAGAAGCCGAUUCCUCAUCCGGAGGAACCAAACAAUGAGAAUGGCAAUCUUAAUGGUAAAUCAGUUGCUGUAGAUGCUCCUGCUGAUGUGGAUGAUGAUGAUGAUGAUUUCAUCACGAAUGAGGUGAAGAGGAGAUUGAAAGAAUUGAGGAGAAACAGUUUUAUGGUACUGAUACCGGAAGAGGAAGGUGCUGAAGGAGAGGAGGACGGUGAGGAAGGUGAGACAAGCUCGAGUGAGGGAAGAGAUGUGGGAUCUCAAGUUGAACAUUUGUACUGUGAUUUAGAAUCUAUAUACGAAAAGUAUUGUGAGCGGAUGCUAUUCUUUGAUCGGAUGAGUUCUCAGCAACUCAAUGUGGCUGGCCCCAUGAGUCCUUCGACGCCAUCUCCAAGAGCUGCAUCUAGAAAGCUUGUAUCUUCUUUUAGAUGCCUCUCUCUGAAAAAGAUGGAAGAGCCUGAUAGUGACACUGAGCAGCUGCAGCAACCAGAUUAUAGUCCUUUCCAGGACCUCGAAACAGCUUAUGUAGCUCAUAUUUGCUUAACAUGGGAAGCCCUUCAUAGCCAGUACACACAGCUGAGCCAGAAGAUAUCAUGUCAGCCUGAGAAUCCUACUUGUUAUAACCACUGCGCACAGCAAUAUCAGCAGUUUGAGGUGUUGUUACAGAGAUUUAUUGAAAAUGAGCCUUUUGAGCAAGGUUCAAGAGUAGAAAAAUAUGCUCAAAGCCGAAAAUCUUUGUCCAAAUUACUACAGGUUCCGAAGGUGCAAGGUACCUAUCAGAAUGUGGUCGAAGAUGAGGAAUCAGAUUACAGGAUUCUAGCCCCUGACCUUCUUAAGUUAAUUCAGACAUCAAUCUUGACUUUCUACACAUUCUUGAAGUUGGAUAAGAAAAAGGCCGGUGGGGUUCGUAAUUUGUUUGGAAGCCAGAAUCAAAUGGCUAAACCUCUUCAGCAAGUUCAGUCAGUUUCAGAAAAGAAAGGGUUAAAACUGAAGGAAUUGCGCAAGAAGAAGAGCUUCAAAAAGAAGGCAUGGCCAUCAACAAACGAAGAAGUAAUUCUGCUCUUAAGUCUUGUUGAUGCCAAAGUUGUGUCAAGGGUACUAAGAAUGGCUAUGAUCACAAAAGAUCAACUGCUUUGGUGCGAAGACAAGAUGAGAAAACUCGAUCUGACAGAAGGGAAGCUCCACAGGGACCCCUCUCCCAUCCUGUUUCCUUGUUGAACGCCUGCAUUGCAAAAGACUCCAUUCUUCAGCAUUAUGUUCUAACCCCCUUUCAUCCAACUCUUCGUAUAUAGCCUUUUCAAGUUUCCUUCCUUCAAGGCACAGAUGCGGUGGAGAUUUUGUCGUAUGCUGCACUUAGUUAGUAGUCCCUCCUAUGUUCUACCGUCAUUGUGAUGCUGAUUAAUACUGGGGUGUAUGUGAGUUUAAUGGCUUAAAAACAUUGGCUUCUGACUUAUCAUAUGUUUGAAAAGCCGUUAGUUUAUGCUACCCUUGACUAAUUAUGUAGCUGGGCAUGAAUAUUUGGUGAUCUGCUACUAGUAAUUUUUAAAUCAAUGGUUAUGGUCUCUUCACUCCUGAAAGUAUUGACAGGUU